AUGUUUUUAAAUCGUGUUAUUCUGUUAGUGCUUGCGAUCAUUGGCACGUUGGCAAACUUUUCAAGUACAGCCAAAUUUAAAACCACCAUAUUUGAUGAUUACGUUUACGGUGCUUGUGAUAAUCAGCCAGAGAAUGUCCUUAACAUUAACACCGCGUUUGACACUUCUGAAUUCAUUAUAAAAAACGAUGUGGACAACGUAACGCUAUCGGGAAAUUUAACAUCAAGAUGGAAUAUUCAAAAGACAGAUCGCCUUGAGGGUAUCUUUCAAUUGCAUUACUUGGAUCAUGGUUCGUGGCAACCAACGAUGUAUUCCAUACGUAUAAAGAAUGUUUGUGCAGUUAUGUUUGAUAAAAAUCAACACUGGUAUAAAGCCUGGACUUCGCACAUUAUAAACAUCGAUGAUGUUAAGGACAAUUGCGUAAAUGUACCAGGCGCAAAAUUAAUACAUGAACCUUUUGAGUUGGUAUUUAUUUUUGAUUUGAGAACACAAAUUGAUACUAAUGGCCUUUAUAGAUUAUUUAUUGCUAUAUCAGCAUAUGAUGAGCUUUCACGAAAGCGGGAUACAUCUAUCUGUUUUACGAUUAGAGUUCAAUUCGAGAGAAUAGAUUAA